AGGAAGACAGCGAGAGAGAGAGAGCGAGGGAGAGAGAGAGAGAGAGAGGGAGGGGGAGAGCGAGAGCGAGAGCGCCACACGGUCAAAUUGAGCUUUAUCUAUCGCAGUGGGUCACUUAAUAAGAGCCAUUUGGAGCCAGAGGCGAACCGGAGCGCGCAGGAACCGCAUUCAGGGGGCAGAUCAUCAUAACAAGAGCAGCAGUCAUAAUCACUGAGGCCAGCAGCAGAAAGCACAUUGCUCCACACAGGGAAGAAAAAAAACACACACAGACACGGAAGAGAGUUGAGUGAAAGAGAAGCUGAGUGAGGGACGGACGGCAAGAAACACAGUUUAACUUUUACUGUGCGGGACAAUUAAAAAAAAAAAAAAAACAACAGGAUAAAAAAGUGAAAAACCAAGAGGCCGAAAAGUGUUGGUGAAGAUGCCGCGGGUAGUUCCGGACCAGAGGAGCAAGUUUGAAAAUGAGGAGUUUUUCCGCAAGUUGAGCAGGGAGUGUGAGAUUAAAUACACUGGCUUCAGAGACCGGCCCCAUGAGGAGCGACAAGCCCGCUUCCAGAAUGCCUGCAGGGACGGACGGUCAGAAGUAGCCUUUGUAGCUACAGGUACCAACCUCUCUCUCCAGUUCUUUCCAGCCAACCUGCACGGAGAUCAGAGGCAGGUUCCUACAAGGGAAUACGUUGACUUCGAAAGAGAGACAGGAAAGGUCUAUUUAAAGGCCCCUAUGAUCUUGAAUGGGGUGUGUGUGAUUUGGAGAGGCUGGAUCGACCUACAGAGGCUGGAUGGGAUGGGAUACCUGGAGUAUGAUGAUGAGAGAGCACAGCAUGAGGACGCUUUGGCCCAGGCAGCUUUUGAAGAGGCUCGCCGCAGAACCAGAGACUUUGAAGACAGAGACCGAUCACACAGAGAGGAUCUAGAGGACCCUGUGGUUUCUAAAAUCUGGGACUGAUGACACACAGACAGACAGCCAGCAGAAAAGAACAGGUCCAGACGACAGCAGGACCCCAGCCCUGGCUCAAACAUGGCCAACGCUGAUGUGGAGCACAAGAUGCGCUGAGGAGGAGGACGACGAUGAGGAAGUUGGGGAGGGAGGAAGAGGCGAAAACCAGGGCUGGCAGUCCAUUCAUUUUCAACACAAUCAACUGGGGGGAAAAAAAAGUCAAAACGAAACUGCAGUUGUAGACCAAUUGUUCAUCAUUAUUUCCUAACAGGUUUGAUAUGCUCAUUUUCACAUGCCAACCAUUUUUUCAAUAUUUGAAUGUAGAAGAAAAUAAAAUUCCUGAAUUGAUUGAAUUGAAAGUGAAUAAAAGCCAUAGAAAAGAGGGAUUAAAAGGGUUAUGGCCACAACAGACCUGGACAAAAAGUAGUUGAAUAUAUUUUGAUACAGAGGAAGGAACAUGAGCAGUUGAUUUAGCAUUAUAUUGUAACUGUGACACAUACAGAGUUGAAGUUGUUUCUUGAGUCAGAUGAGAGUUGCAGAUAUAAAAAGGAAAGAUCAGAUAUUUUUUGUCCAGGUCUGAGAGGAUUUGAUGUGUAGGGGUAGUUUCCAGUACCAAAAGUAUAUUUUCUAUUAAUACACGAUGUUGAAAAUAGAGGGAGAGGGGUCACAAGGGGGUAAAGAUGUUGUUAACGGGGGAGGAGGAAGAGAGACACAAUCUUUGUUUGGCUCAGGGUCACGAUCGGGGCUUAUUGGUCAGGAUUACCAGUAGAGCAUGCAUCAAAAGUGAGGUGUUGACAGUCUGUGAAAAAAACGAUUCUGCAUUGUUCAGUGUUGUGCAACACUUCACAUUUGUGAACAUGCCCUUGUUAACCCACACUAUAUCCAGCUCACUUCCUGAAACCUGCUGUUUUCUGAGACCAAAGUUCACUUUGCUGGAGAAGGGAGGGAGGCAGGGGAUUAAGAGGGGGAAAAUUUAGUUGCAUUUAAAAAGAUGGCAGGUGGGAGGAGAGCAUCCAGAGAGACAUUUGCCAGGUUCUAGGGUUAAGAAGUGUUUGCUGUACUAUAAUUUGAAUUAUUUCUCUAAACUUCACUGAUGGUGAGGUGCCCAUAACAGUAGAAUCACAGGUUAUGUAGCAACAACCUUGAGGCAGGACAGAUAACAAAGACAACUGCUAGAAGCCAUUAAGGAAAUGAUUUUUGUGGGGAGGGGGGUGUUCAGUUCAAACAUCCUUUGUCUUCCAAGGGGUUUGCACUAUGCCAUACAAUCAGUCUUGUUCUCGACAUGGAUUUUCUUUAUAUGCAUGAAACCAAACACAGGCCUACCUAUGUUCUUUGUUGUUCCCUAUGCAGCCUAUUUAUCGUCAGAGCACUCUCUGUACAGCGCUUUGAUCAGGAAUAAGUGGGUGAUUCGAGGCUGUGUCCUUACAUAGGUCCUUGCAAACAGCAGCACGCUCAAAAAAGCACAAAGCGUCUGUGUCCCUAUGCCAUAUUUUUACUCAUGUUAAUCUCUGCACACAUAUGAACAUAAAAUAGAGUGUACCAUACUUCUUUUUCAAAGCCCUUGGCUCAUCAUAACAUGACAUUGCUGUACAGCAAAACAAUGUAUCUCCAAACUUUGGUAAUUUGAAUUAGAAUUUUUCAGAAAAACGUCCUUUAUGGGCUGAGAAAAAUAUCCUAUUUCAUAAGCCAAGUAAACCAUUUAAAACCCCUCUGUUUUUUGUUUUUUUUUCAGAAAAGUUCAUUGUCACAAAGAUGAAAACUUGAUUUUUCCUUAGCUCAUAAAAAGUCAUUGUGUGGGGAUAAGUUGUUUUUUACAGCCAUGAUAUGUAACAUAGUAUUGUAACAUGCUACUAAUACAAUGGAUCAGCCCAGACUCAAGCUCACAAACUCUUUAAAAACAUCACAUGCACAUCAGUUGCAUGUGUCACAUAUCACUUCUGUCUGUCUAUACUAUAGAAUAAUUCUAUACUAGAAUAAUUGGAUUGCAAUCAACAUUAAUAGUUUAUCAUUGCAGAUCAUAGACUGUAUAGGUACAAAUCCAGUUUAGUUAUACACUCCAGCCAUUGAUCGAUCAAUCACCCACAGAUUCCUCAUCAAUGAAGGACUGGAAAAACCUGAAUGCAGUCUAAAUACUAUUCCCUGUCCUUUUACAGCACUAGUGUAAUGAAAUGGUAUGUUUUGUUAUCUUAUCGUUUUGUUUGUGUGAAAGUCAUGAUGUUUACUUUUUCUAUUACUUCUCUCUCUGUAUAUGUAUUCAUUUUUGUCCAUCUUUCAGCUUUGUUAUGAACUAGUAGUAGCAGUGCUAGGCUAUUUUAUGUUAAGUUUAAAAUUACAAAAUUUAUCCAGACAUUUGGGAGUUUUGAGGACUUUUGUUGCCUUUGUUUUUCAUGUGUUCUUUUUAUUAAUGUUCUUUUUAUUGUUUUUCUUUUGUUUUGUUUUUGUUUUUCUUUCUCAAGGAAAUCCACUUCCUGGGUUAAAUACAUUGAAUGUGGAUUGACUCAAGCCCUAUUUUUAAGCGACAUAAAUGUUUUUAUAUUGUGCAACGAGAAGCUCAUUUCAUUUUCCAGUGUGCACUCAACGGUUUUAUUAUAAUUAUUAUAACCAAGAAAAAUGUUUUGUUCAUGCUUUUCUUUCUUGUAAGUAUGACUUAUUAAGAAGUUUGAGCUUUACAUGAACUAAGAAAACUGAUGAUUUUUUUUUUCUUAUUUUGUACAUUGAUAGCCAUGUGUUUGUAACAAUUUACAAAAAGUUCUGGAGUAAGGUUGUUGCUAAAAACAGCAGUUUGAAUUAAAAUAAAAAAGUUAAAAUGUAUUGAAAACUCAAACAUGAUAAACUUGAUGAUAGGUCCCUGCAUCUCCAGCCAAAUCAUCAAGCUCAGGGUACAACAAAAAUCUCUGCAGGAUUUUUAUCCUGAAAUUUGGAUACUAUACAGGAGGAUAUUAUUGGGGUAACCUAAGGUCAGAAACUUUCUCAUUGGCAGCCUUGGUUGAUAGCUUUCCCACAGAGAUUUGUGCAACUGGGGGAAAAAAACUUAAAUGUUCCCAUUUUUUCUCAGAAUACACUGAUCCUAUGAAGUCAGCUGGCCUUGUGACCUGGUGUUUAAUUAGCUGAAGAAUGUGGAAAACAUACUUUCUGUCUAAGUGUACCUUCAUUGUGAUGAGUGGUGGGUUUUUGUAGUAUGGGCACAGUUUGGUAUUGUUAAGUUGAAAAGUCCAGCAGGUGAGAAGUGAAGUGGCGUUAAUGACUGUGGAUAAUGUGAAUGGGUAGAAGGACGCAUUAGAACAUUUGGAUGCAUGGAGCUGGUUGUGGCCCAAGAUGAGGCUCAGGGCAUGUUAGUGAAAGCUGUCAUAGGUUUACAUUUACAGUGGCUGUUAUGUUUCCAUGAGGCUGGAUCCAGUUCAGAUCAGGGAAUCUGUAAUUCAUAAAGUCUAUACAGUGGUACGCACUAGUUUUUUCUGGUUUAUCAGUAUUAACAUUGGUGGAAACUGACAGAGCACUGGAUAUGAACCAGUACAGUACAAUGAGAGGUGAAAAGCACAGUAGGUGUCAGAACCAGCACGGUUUGGUGGCUUUUGUAAGUCAUGAGUUGAAUGGUUAUGUCUGUAACACAGCUAGACAAUGGGCUAAGCUGUUCACCUGCCAUAAGGUUUACUGUAACAGCUUUCAUGCUGUGAUAAAUCUUAGAAAUUACACUACCAGCCAUUGGUGGUCUCAUGAAAAAACUCCACCAACACUUACAGUAUAAAGAACAAUUUCAUUCUAAAACCAAAACAUUUCGACUUGUGGCCUUCAUCAGGCUUAUGGGUCACUAGGAACCCUGAUGAAGGCCACAAGCCUUAGCAUGUUAGUCUGGCAGUAAAGCUGUUCAUCAUACUACAGGUGUUGCUGAAGUUUUAACCCUCUCAGACUGGCUCCCUUCUCCAUGCACAUUGGGUUAGUAGGUGAAGUUGUGCCAGUAUUCCCAACUCUGCCUCUACCAGGCUUAUGAACUCUGCCACAACUCUUGAUCAAAGCUGAAAAUUAAUCUUUAUGGAUUUAAAGAGGUUAAGAGACAUAAGUGAGGAAACAAUUGUGAACAACAAACUAAGUCACAUUUCCAGCGCCACCCUGUCCCCACCACACCAGCCCAGUGUAUCAUUAUACCAUUAUUUGGAUGAUUACCAGUGUAAACACAUUAGUUGAAACUUCAUCCCUCAAUUUUCUUAAUGCAGGCAUUAAGGCAAAACAUAAACCACCAACAUUUUCUUUCUGUCUUUUUUUUUUACCAAAACUGUUAAUGUUCUUAUUUGUUUAAGUUAUUUAUACUUUGGUUUUAUUUGGAGAUUCAAAGAAGAACUCUGUGGCUUGUACACACUCUCUACGUUUCUCUUUCCUGUGUGUGUGGUCUAUCUUUUCCUCUGUUUUAGGGUUGAGCUUCUCCUCUUGGAGGAAUUGGAAAUAUGAGAUAUUCAAUUCAAAAUGUUAGAUGUUUUUCAUAAUAAACACAUAUGAAUUCA